GCCUUUGGUGCGCCUCCUUGAAAGAGGUGAAGAGUUUACUUUCCAGAGUUGAAGGAUUGGUUUCGGUGUUGACAAAGCGUUUCUCGAGGCAGAAAGUUUUUCUACACGGCGUCAACAUGUUGAACAUGUGGAAGGUUCGGGAGUUGGUUGACAAAGCAACAAAUGUAGUGAUGAACUACUCAGAAGUGGAAUCUAAAGUCAGAGAAGCCACCAAUGAUGACCCUUGGGGACCCUCAGGGCAGUUGAUGAGUGAAAUUGCCCGAGCUACCUUCAUGUAUGAGCAAUUCCCAGAGGUGAUGAACAUGUUGUGGGCCCGCAUGUUGAGAGACAACAAAAAGAACUGGAGGAGAGUCUACAAGUCUUUGCUGCUGUUGUCCCAUCUGAUCAGAAAUGGUUCAGAAAGGGUUGUUACCAGUGCCCGAGAACACCUUUAUGACCUGAGGUCAUUAGAAAGCUACCACUUUGUAGAUGAAAAUGGGAAGGACCAAGGAACAAAUGUACGUCAGAAGGUGAAAGAUCUGGUCGAAUUUGUCCAGGAUGAUGAGAGACUCAGGGAAGAGAGGAAAAAAGCAAAGAAGAACAGAGACAAAUACAUUGGUGUAUCCUCUGACAGCUCGUUGUAUCGUGGAUAUUCGGGAGACCGAUAUGAUUCCAGUGACAGCCGGGGAAAAUGGGAUGAUGACUGGGACAAAAAUAAAGGGCAGUUUCCUUUCAGUGACAAGCUAGGAGAAAUCAGUGGCAAGAUUGGUAGUACCAUUGACGAUACCUUCAACAGGUUCAGGAAGAAGGACCGAGAUGACUCGCCAGACCGAUCUAGUGACAAUGAGGAGGAUCGGAGUCGUUCUUCUCACAAUGGCCAGGCGGGAAAAGAGUUCAAAGAUGAUGAGGAAACUGUUACUACAAAGAGUGUACAGAUAGUCCAGGCAACAGAGACCACAGCAACACGGAAAAGAGGCGGGGUUCCUUCCAAGAAAGUAGAUUUGGGAGCUGCAGCUCACUACAUGGGAGACAAAAGUCCUGACACCACCAAACAACCACAAAUGACAGCCUCUCAGUCCUCCAGCACAGGCCUGGCUGACUUACUAAUGGUAGACUCAACUCCUAGCCAGCCGGCUACCACAGACUUGAUGAGUGGAUUUGCUGACUUCUCUUCACCUGCCGCAUCUACUGGCUUCUCUGGACCUGCACAAGCAUCAAGCAGCAAUGGAGACUUUGGAGAAUGGAAUGCUUUUCCUGGAGGUCAGAUGCCAGCAGGUGUGCAGUCGGCAGACACCGGUGGAAAUCACCCUUUUGGAGUCAUGACAGCAGGGCCUGCCCCAGUCUCAGCUCCAGUCUCUGGUCCUCCUUCAGCAGACCUGUUUGGUUUGAUGGCCCCACCACAGUCCCUAACCUCCUCCCAGAGUCUCAACUUUACGAUGAGCACCUCACAACACAUGAGCACCACAGUUUUGCCCCAGUCUAGAUCACAGCCUCUGCAGAACAUAGGGGGUCCUCUACAACCACAGCCUGUCAACCUGAUCCAGCCUGUGCAGCCAGGACAUUCACAAGGUGCUGGAACCAAACAGUCUCUCCCUUCCACUUGGUCAGAUCCCUCUGUUAAUAUUAGUCUCGACUUCCUGGGUCCAGGUGUGCACCCCCCCAAGCCUAGCCAACCCAGUCUCAACACCCUCCAACAAGGAAAUCAGGCAGCACCCAACAUGCUCUCUGCGGGAUUCUCUAACAUGAAUCUUGGACCUACAACAAUCAGACCUCCUGUUAAUGCUAUGAUGCACCCUGGUGCUGGUAUGGGAAUGGGUAUGACCAUGGGGAUGAUUCCAAACCAGGGAAUGAUGGGAAUGGGCAUGAACAUGGGGAUGCCUCAGGCAGGUAUGAGCAUGGGGAUGCCUGGUGCUAUGGGAAUGAACCCUGUCAUGGUCCAGCAGCCUAAACAGGAUGCCUUUGCUGACUUUGGCAGCUUUGGAAAGUGAUGGAGAUGUCAAUUAGUGAAGGAUUAUUGUGAGCUGUAAGCAAAGCGUACUUGAAUAAUAUCAGAUACAAUAAACCAACUCCCGGCAGCCCUCAUUUUAAAAUUAAUGCUGUGUAGUGAUGAAUCUAAAUUAUUGCGUGUCGUUUGAACCAAUGGCCUGUUUGGACUUGGGUGUUGGUCAUACGCACACUGCGGAUUUUGUGCCUUAUUGGAUGGUUUUAAGGCAGAAGAAAACUUUUUGUGCCACCAUGAUGAUGUCAGGGGGAUUUGCUUUAUAACGUCAAUCAAGUGAAAUCACCAGAUUAACUAUAUAUAUUUAUCAGUAGAUGAAUAAUUAUUUGAGACACAUUCUGAAUAACUUUACUGAAUGAGUCUAGAUAUGUUGAACAGUCAUUUUAACUUUCUAAUGUGUGUUUAAGAAUGUCAAGUUACCUCUCUGCUCUUCCCUUGACCUGUAAAUAGAAAUCUGUAACUCUUAAAAUAAGUUAUGAAGUACCUAUAUGAGCGUCAGAGACUAUGUGGAAAAAGUUGUCACACAGACCAAAAUCGGGUAUGCAUUUAGACCCUUACACAACACAUUUCCAGUUUCUGACAUUUUUUUUUCUUUCUAAUUGUCCACACGCUCAAAUUAUAACUCGUUAGGUGUAAAAUAGUGAGGUUUCAUGUCAAAUAUGCUGGUUGAUUGGAGUGCCUAUAUCAGAAGACCAUAAAUUGUGGCCUUUGUUGUUUUGUGUGUGUGUAUAUAUAGAUAUUUUUCAUACUAGGAAAUGUGUAAUCUGUGUGUUUCCCAAUUUGAUAAUCAGUAUGUAGAAAAAGCAUCAUGCUUUGGGGGUGUGGGUUCUUUCUUGUAGCACCGAGUGCCUGGAGGUCCUUUGCCUUUUAUCUUCAGUAAACUUCUUCCAAGGAGACGAUGAGACUGCAGUGUUAAGCGCAGCUACCGCAAGGAAACUGCUGUACCAUGUACGACGAGAUGGGUCCAUUGAUAUUUUGACGCUGGAAGUUGCUUCUUGUCUGCCACAGCCUGUUGGGGGGGGUGAGCACAAAGUAUGAGCUCAGAGUGCAGACUUUGAGCUUUGUGGAUGUUUAUAUUAAAAUAUGUUGUACAAGGUAGUGAUCGGAGCACUUUUUUUGUGUGGUCUGCUCUGAUCAGUUGGAACAGUUGGGUGCUCAGUUCUUUCGUGGCUACCUCAUUUCAUUUACAAGCAAACAGAUAAAAGCUUGAUCAUUUCUUUUGAAGUGAUGCAUUUAGAAUCUUGUUAACUGUUAGUAUGUCGUUUAGAGCUGUCACUGCCAGAAAAAUAAGCAUUUAGCCUUGGCUUAAAAAUGUAAACCUAUCAGAAAUCAAAGCAUGUCUGGCCAAAUCAACUACUGACGUGAGUUCUUUUCCCGAUGGCUGAAAAACACAGUCAUGGUAACUGGCCAGAAGAACAACACCCUACAAGAGUCAUCAGUCAGGAUGUCAUCCAAGUAACCAAAAGAUAUAAAAACAUCAGUGAGACUCAAAACUGGAAAGACCUGAGCCUAUUUUCCAACAGUAUACUAUGGACAGAUAUCUGUUUACUUGUAAUAAUGUAAUGACAUUUUUGUCAUAAAGCAUUUGAACAGAUUAAUUGUCCAGUUACUUUGUGCUCUUACAAACAGAGGACCACAUACGUAAAUGUGAUUCACACAUAAUGCAAGUACCCACAAACCAAAGCUGAAGAUACGCACCUUGAUAUCAGGUUAUUUACAUCUUUACGCUCUAUUUUGUGGGUGAGAAAUACAACUUUGCUCUGUUCAAAUAUUUUUGGACCUAACUAUGCAUAUUUACUUAUUCCUCAAGCCAAGUGUACAGUCAUGUUCAGUUACCAGAUGGAGUUGUACAGUUUCACUCUUUACCCAUUUUGUUUCUCUCACUGAUGUCACAGAGCACGUGUGGGGCCGGUAGUAACUUUAGUACUCGGACAACAAAUUAUUUUGCUCUUGCAGUGCUGAUACAACUGCACAGAUUCGAAAAAUGGUCAUUGGUGCUUCUUGUUAAGGGCUGUGCUGCUUUCCAGCCUUUACCAGUAUGAUGUGUGUACACACACAUGCAUACAAAACAAAUAGUUUGCUUUAAGACCUGCGUUUGUCAUUCUCGACCCGUAUGUUUCAUAGCUUGCUGGGGCCAUUGGAAUAUGUGAGAAGAAGCACUUUUACCAGUUGUUGUGUGCUAUGUGUUACAGUAGGGAGAUGGCGUGAUGCAAAAUCAAUAAAUGGCACAAACGGAACAUUCUCAACAUGCACAUAUGAAGCAUUGUUCUGUGGUUGGAGUGCUGCCUGCUUCCUACCCCCUGUGAUGAGUGCCUGAUUAACCCUGGCUGCUUUUAGUUUGUCUGAGAGAAAUGAUUGGUUGACUUGAGGAAGAGGCUGUGAAUUCUGCAACCCUGCGAGGGUUAAACUUGUGCUUCCCUGCUCUCAAAGGGCUAUUGAGGUUGAAUGAACACAGUAACACGUAGUAGCUUUGCACCAAUCUGAAGCAUUACAAUGACCAAAUCAUUUGCUGUUUUUCUGAAAUAAAAUCAUAUUUAAUGUUUUGUUUUCUACUUUCAAAUUGCAUUUGAGAUCUCAGAUUGCAUUGUUACUGAAACACUAUUGUAUGCACAUACUGAAGAAAAAAAUCUUUUUGGGAAAUUAAAUGUUGCCGUAUUCCCAUUUUAAUUUGAUUUACAAAUAAAGAUUUCGUGUACAACAUUAAA